CAGGGCCGUGGGGUCCUUGAAAAGCACGGACCAGGCCGACUCCGCCCAGUCCGGAAUCGACAGCCUGUUACUUCCUAGCUGCAGACACUCAUCCCGCACCAGGCUCCGCCAUGCCCAAGUGCCCUAAGUGCGACAAGGAGGUGUACUUCGCUGAGCGGGUGACCUCGUUGGGCAAAGACUGGCAUCGGCCUUGCUUGAAGUGUGAGAAAUGUGGAAAGACACUGACCUCCGGGGGCCAUGCUGAGCAUGAAGGCAAACCCUACUGCAACCAUCCCUGCUACUCCGCCAUGUUUGGGCCCAAAGGGUUCGGAAGAGGUGGAGCUGAAAGUCACACUUUCAAGUAGACCGAGGCCAUGGAAAUCCUAUCCUCUGCCACGGGUUGGGGCAUUUUCAGCCCAGGCACAUGCCAGAUCCUACUCCCAGACACGCAGGUCUCCCAGUAGCCCUUCACACCCUCAAUAAACCUGAAUCUUUGAA